AUGAUGCAAUCCAGUCCGUUGAGGUACCACCACUCCCAGUCAGAAUCGAGCGUAGAUGAAAGGGAGGAGGAAGAGGACGGUGAGACGGGUACUGAGGGGACUGAGGGGACGGAUGGGGAGGAAUCAGAAGGCAUAGGGGGGAGUGAGGAUGGGAUGAGUGGAGGGGAGGGGUGGCAGCGGCGGCAGCAGCAGCAGCAGCGGCGAAGGCAGGGGAGAAUGCGAGCGGAGCAACUGUAUGUAGAGAUUCCCCCUGAAGGGGGAGGGGGAGCGGACGAUCUCCCCCUCCCCACGCCUAGCGACGGCGGAAGCAGCAGCACGCGCAGCGUAGGCGGGGGAGGCGGAUUCCGGGGGCUAGGGGGGCUCGGGGGGUUUGGGGGAUCAGGGGGAGCGGGUGUGGGGGGAACUGGGGGGGCGGAACGACCAACGGGAACCCCCCCCUUGCCCAAAUAUGCUUCCCCGCGGCGCAGGAAGAUUACGGUUAAGGGGAUGCCGAGUCCUAGGCGGAAAGAAAGCGCUGGCGGAGCGGGAGGCGCGGGGGGAGGGGGCAAGGGCGGAAGCAGCGCGCGCAUGCUGUCCCGCAUGCUGCAUGGGGCGGGGGCAGGGGGGUUGUUCGGGGGAAAGGGCGGAGGUGCGGGGGAGGGAGGCGGAGGAGCAGGGGGAGGCAAAGGCGGGGAGCAAUUCAGCCAGAAACUAGUCAUAGAAGGCCCGGAUAGGUUUAAUCUGCUGCUGCUGGAGGAAGGGGAGUACUAUUUUAAGGACUAUGCGUGUAAUUAUUACCCCAACGGCGGCGUGCAGCGGGUUCCGGGGCACCUGAAGCUGUGCAGUGCCUCAAUAUUCUUUGUGCCCAAGAGCACUCUCGAGCCCGUGUUCCGCAUUCCCUUCGGCUGCGUGUCGGCUGUUGACAGGGCGGCGCACAUGGGAGGGGAGAGGGGCGAGGAGUUUCUGAUCAUCUGUGCGAGUGAGCGCACAGACGUGAAGGUGGGCAACCGCCACGCGCCCUACCGCCACCACCGCGGCGACUUCGCCUUUGCGUUUGCGCUGCUGUACACGUCGCUGGGGGGGGUGCUGCCGCGCGUGUCCGCUCUGCUUGACAUCGCCCAGGGCCCCUCGUGGGAGCAGCCGGGCAAGCUCAGCGCGCUGGUGCAGGAGCACGAGCAGGAGGUGAGAGGGGGGGAGGGGGAGGAGGAGGGGGAGGUGGAGGGGGAGGUGAGGUUCAACCCGGGGUGGCUGGAGGAGGGGGACGACCGGGUGGUGGCGGAGCCGGACUCCUCUCCUUUCCCCACCCACCCUAUCUCUUUGUCCCCCCACCCACAUGGUCCCCUCCACUCUCCACCAGGUGCGGUUCAACCCGGGGUGGCUGGAGGAGGGGGACGACCGGGUGGUGGCGGAGCCGGACUCCUCUCCUUUCCCCACCCACCCUAUCUCUUUGUCCCCCCACCCACAUGGUCCCCUCCACUCUCCACCAGGUGCGGUUCAACCCGGGGUGGCUGGAGGAGGGGGACGACCGGGUGGUGGCGGAGCCGGACUCCUCUCCUUUCCCCACCCACCCUAUCUCUUUGUCCCCCCACCCACAUGGUCCCCUCCACUCUCCACCAGGUGAGGUUCAACCCGGGGUGGCUGGAGGAGGGGGACGACCGGGUGAGGUUCAACCCGGGGUGGCUGGAGGAGGGGGACGACCGGGUGGUGGCGGAGCCGGACUCCUCUCCUUUCCCCACCCACCCUAUCUCUUUGUCCCCCCACCCACAUGGUCCCCUCCACUCUCCACCAGGUGAGGUGCGGUUCAACCCGGGGUGGCUGGAGGAGGGGGAUGACAGGGUGGUGGCGGAGCUGGUCUCCUCUCCGCUCCCCACCCACCUUGUCUCUUUGCCCACCCACCCACCUGCUCCCCACCCCUCCCCACCCAUCUGCACCCCUCCCCACCAGGUGCGGUUCAACCCGGGGUGGCUGGAGGAGGGGGAUGACAGGGUGGUGGCGGAGCUGGUGCGGUUCAACCCGGGGUGGCUGGAGGAGGGGGACGACGGGGUGGUGGCGGAGCUGGUGGGGUCGCAGAUGCUGCCGCUCGUGCUGCAGCCGGGCCGCAUCAUCCUCACGCCCUACAGCGUCUACUUCCAGCCCUUCAACGUCGUCUCCUCCGUGCCGGUCGUGCGGCACCCGCUGCGGACCGUCACGGCUGUCAUGCGCCGAUCCACACAUCUCCAAGAGGUGAGCAGGUUAGAGGGAGGGACACUCGAGCCUGCUGCUGCUCCUGCAGCUGCAGCCAGGCCGCAUCAUCCUCACGCCCUACAGCGUCUGCUUUCAACCCUUCAACGUCGUCUCCUCUGUGCCAGUUGUGCGGCACCCCCUGAGAACGGUCACGGCUGUCAUGAGGAGAAGCACACACCUCCAAGAGGUGAGCGGGUUAGAGGGAGGGACACACACUCGUCUCGUUUUCUCCUGCAGCUGCAGCCGGGCCGCAUCAUCCUCACGCCCUACAGCGUCUACUUUCAACCCUUCAACGUCGUCUCCUCUGUGCCAGUUGUGCGGCACCCCCUGAGAACGGUCACGGCUGUCAUGAGGAGAAGCACACACCUCCAAGAGGACCGUCACCGCUGUCAUGAGGAGAAGCACACAUCUGCAGGAGAUCGGAGUCGAGAUCUUCUACUCACAAUGGUCAAGCAUCUACUUCACGUUCAAGUCAACCCAGGACUGCUCCCGGUUCUACUCGCUGCUGCUGCAGCAGGUGAGACUGUUCCGAGUCCUUCUCACCGUUCCUCCCUCCACUCCCUCCCUCUCUUCCUUCUCUCCUCUCUCCUCUCCCACCCUCUCCCCCUCCCCUCCACUUUCCGCUCCCUCCCUCUCCUCCUUCCACCCUCCUUCCUCUCCUCUCCUCUUCCCCCUUUGACCUUCCCCCUCUCCCCCCUCUCCUCCUCUUUCCCCUCCCUUCCCUUGCGCUUCUCCCCUCUUCCCUCCUCCUCCCAGCCCGGGCUGUCAAUAGAGAGCAUGCGCAGUCGGGACAAGUGGCCCGGGCUGUCAAUAGAGAGCAUGCGCAGUCGGGACAAGUGGGUGAGGGAGUGGGUGAGUGGCGCCAUCUCCAACUUCGACUACCUCAUGUACCUCAACCGCGAGGCUAACCGCUCCUUCAACGACCUCUCGCAAUACCCCGUCUUUCCCUGGGUUAUUGCGGAUUAUACCUCCAAGGAGCUUGAUCUUACCUCCCCAGCCACCUUUCGAGACUUGCGCAAGCCCGUGGGCGCGCUCAACCCCGAGCGCCUGGAGAAGUUCCGGCAGCGCUACGACGACCUGGCAGAGCUCUACGAGGACUGGGCGGGAAACUUCCCGGAAGGCGAGGUGCCGCCGCACGUGCCGGGCACGCCGGCCCCGGCGUUCCUGUACGGGUGCCACUACUCAACGCCCGGCUACGUGGUGUAUGUGCGCGUGCGCGACGCCCCCCAGCUCAUGCUGCGCCUCCAGAAUGGCCGAUUCGACAUGCCUGACCGCCUCCUCUCUUCCAUCCCCGAGAUGUGGGAGGGGGCGUACAACAACCCGUCAGACCUCAAGGAGCUCAUUCCAGAGUUCUAUUCGCUCUCCACGUCCUUCUUGCUCAACUCCCAAGGACUAGACCUGGGCGUCAAGCAGGACGGAGUGCCGGUGGGGGAUGUGGUGCUGCCGCCCUGGGCCACCGACGCUCACGACUUUGCCGCCAAGAUGCGCCAAGCGCUAGAAUGCCCCUACGUGUCAAAGCGUCUGCACCAUUGGAUCAACCUCGUGUUUGGGUGCAAGCAGAGGGGCGAGGCAGCAGUGGAGGCCGAUAAUGUCUUCCACCCGCUCACUUACGACGACAUAGGCGCUCAGGUGCUAGCAUCAGUGGAGGACGACACAGUGCAGCAGGCACUAACGGUGCAGAUGAGGGAGUUUGGCCGCACGCCCAAGCAGCUCUUCACAGCACCGCACCCGCGCCAGCUGCGCAAGGAAGUGCGCGUCAUUCACAGAUACGUGCGCACAGCAUCAAGAGCCAUGCGCCUGCCGUCGCUCUUCCGCCAGUCAACAGUGGAUUCACACAUCGUGGUGCAGUCACUCUCCACUCUCAACCGCGUCUCCACCCACCGCUCGCACCUCGACUCCAAACUCAAGUCGCGCCGGGGGUACGCUGCUGGUUGGGUUGGGGGAGUGGGCCUUGCCUGCCAUCGCUGCUGGCUGGUUGGGUUGCUGGCUGGGUUGCUGGCUGGGCUGGGUUGGGGGGCAUGCAGUGGGCCUUGCCUGUCGCUUCUCCUCGUCCGCCAGUCAACAGUGGAUUCACACAUCGUGGUGCAGUCGCUCUCCACUCUCAACCGCGUCUCCACCCACCGCUCCCACCUCGACACAAAAUUGAAGUCCCGCCGCGGCGACAAGACCAUUCUGAUGGGAGCGCUGAACCCGCUGGUGGAGCUGGCACUGCCAGAUCGGUCGGUGUACCGUGCCAUCGCAGAGGUGGCGGGGGCCACUGUGGAGGGUUACAAGACCAUUCUGAUGGGAGCGCUGAACCCUUUAGUGGAGCUGGCGCUGCCCGACCGGUCGGUGUAUCGUGCCAUCGCACAGGUGGCAGGCAGGGGCCACUGUGGAGGGGUGAUGUUGCGAGGUGUUGUGAGGCAACCAACACCACCUUCCCCCCCUCCCCACCCCACUCUCCCCACCAGCUACAAGACCAUCCUAAUGGGAGCGCUGAACCCUCUGGUGGAGUUGGCGCUGCCGGACCGCUCCGUGUACCGUGCCAUCGCGCAGGUGGCAGGGGGCGAGAAGGACAGGGAAGGGCAGGAGUUUGGCCUCGAGUGGCUGGAAAACACAGCCAUGUACAGAGAAGCAGGUAGGGCUGCUGCUACAACCCGGCCAAAGCCAGACAUGCUUCAAAUCUCGAGUGCCAAGUAUAUGCUGCCCCUCAUGCCUCUCGCCCACUCGAAGCGCACCGACCAGCGGGCGGCAGCCAUGCGGGCGGUUGCCGCCCUCUGCAAGCCGGACGCCAACCGGCAAUUCGUCUAUUCUGCAGGCUUUCUGGAGCCCAUCGAGGCAGCGAUCGUGGGCGGAUACGACCGGGGCACCAAGGCGGCAGUGGAUGCGAUCGCGAAGCUCUCAGUGCUGCCGGAGGUGGUGGAGGAGUUCAGCACAGCUGGCGUCCUCUCAUUGGUCGACCUCCUCGUCAUGAGCGACAACUCGUUGCAGGCAGUGGAGACCCAGGCUCUAGCGUGUGAGGCGUUGUGGCGGCUGUGCGGGUUGAGGCGCCACCGCCUGCCUGCCCUUGGCCGGGACGUGCUGCCGCGCCUGCUGCCACUGGUGCGAGCGGGGGAGCACUUUACGGUGGAGCUGAGGGAGAUGGCUCUGAGGGCGCUGGCUGCUGUGUGCGUGGAGACCAGCAGCCAGGAGGAGAUGCUUCAAAGAGGAGGCCUCAAGGAGGUGCUCGAGAUCUGCGCCAUGGAAGCAGGAAACAUCCUGGAAGCUGCCAUCGCCGCGCUCGCCGCCCUCUGCCGCAACCCGGAGCUGCGACUACAGAUCGCGGUGGAGGGCGGGCUUCGUCUCUUGUGCAACGCGUCGUGCGCCGCCGAGGCGCAGAUACAGGAGGUGGCAGCGAGUGCGCUGCAGAGCCUGCUGGGCGAUGGGGUGAUUCUGAACGGAGUGAUAAGGGAGGAGGGGCUGUGGUCGAUUAUUGCCAUGGCCCAGUCGCAGCACCACGAGGUGCAGAGAUUGGCUGCCCGGGCCUUCUGGUACCUGGCCAUUCACUGCGAGAACAAACGACAGGUGAUGGCGUUGGGGGGUCUGCAAUCACUGUUAGCAUUAGCAGCGCUGGGGGAGCGCAACCGGCACGCCACGCUGCUGGCAGAGGAGGCUCUGCUGCGCCUCUCAGAGGACCGCCACAUCCACGCCCACCUCAUGCGCGAGCAAGCGUUUCUCGCCCGCACCGCUGCAUCUGGUGCCGCUGCUGCUAGUGCUGGUGGUGCUGCUGGUGGUGGUGCUGCUGGUGCUGGUGCUGGUGGGGCUAGUGGUGCAGGGGGCAUGGUAGCAGCAGGCAAGGGGAUGGUCUAUCAACGACCCUUGACGCCCCCCUUCUGGACCAGCUCUGUUCUCUCUCCCGCCACCACCUCUGCAGCUAUUGAAUCCACCCACAAGCAGCCUCCUGCAGCUGCUAGCGGUGGUGUGACUGCACCUGCUGUCGCCACCAGGGACAGCCAUAACAUCAACGUCUAA